AUGUUAUUAAGGAAACUAGCAUUACUUUACGAAUUCUGUUAAUAGUCUGCAAGACAAUGUUUUUAAUUUUUACAACAAGACCCUAUUGAGUAAUCAGGAUAGAUUUCGACUUAAUAUUAAAAAGCAAAUAAGGAUGAUUAGCAAUUGAAGAAAUAAUCAUUACAAUAAGAUUAUGGAGAUUUGGAAGAAUAGGAUGGAGAUCAUGUAAGAAUAGAAUUUAAAUUAGCAUUUAAUAGAACAAGAGAAUCCGUUUGAAAAGUUGAAACCUACGUUAAAUUUCUAAAACACUAUUCCACAAUAAAACAAUUAAAAUUCAAGAAUUGAGAAGGAGCAAAUAAAAUAUGAUGAGGAGAUGAUUGACAUGCAUCAAAAUAGUAAUUGGAAUAAUCAUGAGCUUGAUUAAGAGAACGAACAUAUUGAAUUAUGA